ACAUAGCCAUCUGAACAUCCACAUGAAGAUGUUCACAAACAAUGAAAACAAGCCAGUUCACGUUGAAGUGAUAUGUCUUCAACUUGGAUCUUUAAAACUUGAUAAUUUCCCCAAAGCUUUCUCAACCAAACUGCACUGCAAAAUUCCUCAUUAGUACAGCCUCCAAAUUACUCUCUCAUCUUCAGAAAAAAAAAUUCAUUCUUAUUAAAAAUCUCCACAACAUGAUCAGUACUAAAAAGCUUAUCAAAAUGGCAAAGAAAUGGAAACAGUUCGCAGCUUCCAGCAGAAAGAGGAUUUCCUGGUCGAAGCCAGUGGCUGAUAAGGGUCACUUCAUUGUUUACACAAAUGAUAAAAAACGCUUUAUGAUUCCUUUGGUGUACCUGAAUAAUGAGAUUUUCAGAGAGCUCCUCAGAAUAGCCGAGGAAGAGUUUGGAGUGACAAGUUCGGGGCCAAUUAUGCUGCCUUGUGAUUCAAAUUUCAUGGAGUAUGCAAUCUCUAUGAUCCAAAGACAUGUAGCAGAAGACUUGGAGAAGGCAUUGAUUAUGUCCUUAGGUAUCUGUAGAUACUCAUCAUUGUCACAUGAACACACUAAUCAACACUUAUUUAUCUGUAGUUUCUAGAAAUAAGUUCUGUUAUUUCCUUUGUACAUAACAUAUAGUAGAAUUUUUCCAAGAAAAAGUUAAUAGAUAAAUUUGUUCAAAUCA